UGUGCUUGUGAUUUGUGCUGUGUAACCCAUUGUCGUAGUAAAUAAUUAUAUAAAUUUUUAAUUUCCAUAAACGUACAUAAUCUCUCACUCUCAGGGUUAUUCCUCAACUAGAGAAAUUGUCUUAGCCAAUGGCCGAUUCAUCAAAACGAGAUCAUGAGGGAAGUGAUUCAGACCAUUCAGAUGAUGGGUGGAUUGGACCUUCACCAUCAGAAGCUGCCCCUCCUAAAAAAAGGAAAGUGCUUCAGUAUGAGAAACUGUAUCUGGACAACUUGCCUAACGCUGAGUCGUACGAGAAAAGCUUCAUGCACAGGGAUGUCGUAACACAUGUUGCCGCCACCAAAACAGAGUUCAUUAUAACCGGCAGCUGUGACGGCCAUGUCAAGUUCUGGAAGAAGAUGGAAGAGCUGAUAGAGUUUGUGAAACAUUUCCGAGCCCAUCUCGGAGCCAUCGUAGACAUGACAGCUAACUACAACGGGACGCUGCUGUGCACCGUGUCCAACGACAAGAGUGUCAAAGUGUUUGAUGUUGUCAACUUUGAUAUGAUCAACAUGAUGAAACUCAACUUUGUGCCGCGCUGUGCCGAGUGGAUACACGGCUUGGGAGAUGCAAUCCCUGCAUUGGCAAUAGGAGAUACAGAUAGCAGUGCAAUACACAUAUUUGACGGCAGAGGAACCAACGAAGCACUCAAAAUUUUGGACAAACUCCAUGUGAAGCCUGUGUCAAUAAUGAAGUACAACCCAGUGUUUGAUGUGUCAGUCUCCGUAGACUCGGCUGGCAUCCUAGAGUAUUGGGGCGGAGUCAGACAAGACUACAAGUUUCCAAAAUGUGCCAAAUUCGAAUCAAAACUGGACACCGAUCUUUUCGAGUUUGUAAAACACAAAACUAUUCCUUUUGGAUUGUGUUUUUCACCUGACGGAACAAAAUUCGCCACUAUGUCUUUUGAUCGUAAGGUUAGAGUAUUCAACUUCCUCACGGGAAAACUGACUCGAGUGUUUGACGAAUCACUACAAAGGUUCUCCGAGCUGCAGCAGAAAAAACAGCAACUACCAAACAUGGAAUUCGGAAGAAGGAUGGCUGUUGAGAGAGACCUAGACAAGUCUGACAGUCUAAGACUCAGCAAUCUGGUGUUUGACGAGAGUGGCUACCUGUUACUCUACCCCACCAUGCUGGGAGUUAAAGUGGUCAAUUGGUAUACCAACAGAUGUGUCCGAUUCCUGGGCAAACCGGAGAACCUUAGAAUUCUCAAGAUAUCUUUAUUUCAGGUAAUAGGGACUAACAGUUUGCCUUUAUGGUUAGGGUUCACUUACUCUACGAAUCAUUGACACAAUGAGCCUCCAAAUAUGUAAUUCUUAAAACACAUGGCUCACUUACUCUACA